AUGCUCAACAAUGACGAAACCAACUGGGAAACUCACGAUGUCAUGCUUGCCCUCACUCACUUUGGAGUCGAUACCUUCUCGGACCUCAUGAUGAUGGAACGCAAAGACAUUGAGUCUCUCGUGGUUCCAGCCGCUGGAACCGUUGCCAAACACCCUCUUGGAUUCAGUCAAUGGCGACAACUCCUUGCUGCUUUUUUUGCUUUCAUCACUUCUGUCGAGAGCAAGCCAAAUCCAUCAACGUCACGUCAAUCAGUUUCUCUAACUUCCAACGAUUCCGCAUCAGACGAUGGGAUCCAUCAGCGGAAGUGGUCCCGUGGCUCACGACACGAGCUCCUGUAUCCGCCGAAGUAG